GUUACGUAGUAGUAGUACUUAACAACAACACGUGGCGCCGCCGUGGCGCUGAUAGAUGCGGCCAUGGACAGUAACGGCGAGUGCUCGUCGCCCCCCACCCUCAGCGCCGCGCUUCUGCCCCUCUUCGGCCCACCGCCGGAGCCGCUGCCGGAGAGUCUCGAGGACAAGCUGAGGCGGGUGAGCGAGGAGAACCGGAGGCUGGCCGCCGCGCUGGACGCCAUACUCGCCGACCGCUCCACCCCGCGAGCGCUCGCCACGUCGUCGCCGUCCCGGGGCAAUGCGGUGGCCGCCGCGGAGCCGCCGCGGCCCAAGGUCCGGACGGUGUGCGCGCGCGCCGAGCCGUCGGACGCCGACGCCAACCACCUCAGGGACUGCUACCAGUGGCGCAAGUACGGCCAGAAGGUGACGCGGGACAACCCGUAUCCGAGAUCCUACUUCCGCUGCGCGUACGCGCCCUCCUGCCCCGUCAAGAAGAAGGUGCAGAGAAGCGCAGACGACAAUCUGAUGCUUGUGGCGACGUACGAGGGCGAGCACAACCAUGAGCAACGUGCCCAGAGCGAAUAUGUCGUCACUGACGCGUCGACGAGCCUGCACCAGGCCGGGUCGUCACUGCCGCGCUCGAUCAUCUCCAUCGAUUCGUCGGGCCGGAAAAAGAUCACCAUUGGCCUGGCCGCGGACCAACGGCCGCCGGCGGAUUCGAAUGCCGGGGCGGCCGUCGGGGAGAUUAUUGUGACGCCUGAGUUUCGGAAGGCUCUGGUGGACGAGCUCGUGAAUUUGCUCACGAAUGAUUCCGAGUUCGUCGAGAAGCUGGCGAGCGCCGUGGCUGAUAGGGUGAUGGAGAGAAUACCAGGGCACAUAUUCUGAUGCAUGGCGCUCGUGGAUGCAAAAUAAAUGUGAAUAUACACAUGUUUUUUUUUGCGGUUGAAGAACAUUAAUAUGUCUAUGUAAUAAACUUAGGUCUUGUCUAUUUUCAUAGUGCUAAAGUUUAGCACAACAUUUUUUUUACUAAA